GGGCAAGUGGCACUCGCGCACACAGCACAAUUGAUGUCCGCCUUCCCCGUCCGCGGCUCCACGUCCAGCAGCAGCAUCGUCGCCAGCCUCGGCAGCAGCCGCGCCCCCGCCCCCGCGCCGUCCUCCGUCCGCCGGCGCCCCAGCCUCAUCAGGAACGCCCCCGUCGUCGCCGUCCCCGCCACCCUCGUGUAAGCGGGAGGACGAGCAGCUCAUCAAAAGUCAAACGAGAGAGAAAGGGAGAGAGGGCCACACCACAUCCAUUGAUACGGGAGGAGAGACGAAAGAAAACACAAGGAGAUGAGCAGUUGCCUUUGCCUCCCUAAAAAGAAGGAGGGCCAGGGGGCGGCAGCGAAGCCGUCCAUAGAUUCAACCACCUCGACAGUCGUUCAGAACCCGAAGCCUACCCAACCUCCACCUCCUCCCUCCAAGGGCAUGGACGCCGUCGAGCGCUUGAAGGUCGGGUUCCAGAAGUUCAAGACCGAGGUCUAUGACAAAAAGCCAGAGCUGUUCGAGCCUCUCAAGGCUGGCCAGGCCCCCAAGUACAUGGUGUUCGCCUGCUCCGACUCCCGUGUGUGCCCGUCGGUGACCCUGGGCCUGCAGCCCGGCGAGGCCUUCACCGUCCGCAACAUCGCCUCCAUGGUGCCACCCUACGACAAGACCAAGUACAGCGGCACCGGGUCCGCCAUCGAGUACGCCGUGUGCGCCCUCAAGGUGCAGGUGCUCGUCGUCAUUGGCCACAGCUGCUGCGGUGGCAUCAGGGCGCUCCUCUCCCUCAAGGACGGUGCACCUCACAACUUCCACUUCGUUGAGGACUGGGUCAGGAUCGGCUCCCCUGCCAAGGCGAAGGUGCACAAAGAGCAUGCCUCAGUGCCGUUCGAUGACCAGUGCUCCAUCCUGGAGAAGGAGGCCGUGAACGUGUCCCUCGCCAACCUCAAGACUUACCCCUUCGUCAAGGAACGGCUGGCCAAAGGGACCCUCAAGCUGGUCGGCGCCCACUACGACUUCGUGUCCGGGAAGUUCCUCACAUGGGAGCCUGUGAUGGACGCCGUUGACCGCUUGAAGAGCGGGUUCGAGCAGUUCAAGAUCGAGGUCUAUGACAAGAAGCCAGAGCUUUUUGAGCCUCUCAAAUCUGGCCAGGCCCCCAGGUACAUGGUGUUCGCCUGCGCUGACUCCCGUGUGUGCCCGUCGGUGACCCUGGGCCUGAUGCCCGGCGAGGCCUUCACCGUCCGCAACAUCGCCGCCCUGGUCCCAGGCUACGACAAGACCAAGUACACCGGCAUCGGGUCCGCCAUCGAGUACGCCGUGUGCGCCCUCAAGGUGCAGGUGCUCGUCGUCAUUGGCCAUAGCUGCUGCGGUGGCAUCAGGGCGCUCCUCUCCCUCCAGGACGGUGCACCUGACAACUUCCACUUUGUUGAGGACUGGGUCAAGAUUGGCUUCCCUGCCAAGAUGAAGGUGAAGAAAGAGAACGCUUCGGUGCCGUUCGAUGACCAAUGCUACAUUCUAGAGAAGGAGGCCGUGAAUGUGUCCUUGGAGAACCUCAAGACCUACCCAUUCGUCAAGGAAGGGCUGGCCAACGGUACCUUAAAGCUGGUCGGCGGCCACUAUGACUUCGUGAAAGGAGAGUUCCUCACAUGGAAAGUCUAGAGCUAAGGCACCCGGACGGCCCAACUCCUACAUCAUCAUAAAUUUAUACCACAUAUAUACCUACCGAUAUGCACCCGAUCGAUGCGAAUGCGCGGAGUACUACAUGCAUGUUUUCAGCAACUACAUAUAUACAUACCGGAUCGCCCCAAUGUGAAUGUAAUAAGCAAUAGCAUUUUCAACCGCUUUCAUUUCUAACGCCGAGCUUUUAUGUACUAUAUAUAUAAUAUGAUGCAUAAUUGACCGGCUUGUGGUCAAAAGACAUCAACUAUAAUCCUUUUUUCAUAAUAUUGUUAUGAAGAGUUUACCUCUUUUUUUUGUCA